AUGAUAUUUUUUAACGGCGCUAACAACGAACCUGUACUUUUCCGAGCCUUUCCUACUUAUCUUGAUGGUGCUGCACUACUUUGGUUUUCUAAAUUGUCUGCAGGUUCGAUCUCCACAUUUGAAGAGUUGGCGAGAUCCUUCAUCGACUACUUCGCAGCUUCGAGGAUAUACGUACGCGGAUCAGAUUACCUUGGCACCAUCAUACAAGGACAACACGAAAGUCUAAAGGAAUACAUGACUUGGUUUGCCGAAGCGACCAUGGAAAUACCAGAUCUAGACCCAGCAGUCCACCUGUAUGCCCUUAAGGCCGGCUUCCGACCCGGUAAGUUUCGGGAAACCAUUGCGGUGACUAAACCAAAAACACUGCAGGAGUUCCGAGAAAGAGCAGCUGGACAAAUGGAGAUCGAAGAACUCUGGGAGGCUGAAAGAACGGACAGAAAACCACAUGGGAAAGAAGAAGAUAAGACUAUAAGAUCGCUAAACAAUAAGGAACCAAGGAAGCCAUUCAAACUCUCCCCAAAAUUUGACAAUUAUACCCGAUUCAACACAAAGAGAGAAAAAAUAAUCAAAGAGAUUCUCAACGCCAAAAUAAUAAAACCUUCAGCCCGACCAGGAAGUUAUCAGGAUUAA